UAGCCAAAUGCACACUAAUAAAAAUCCAAUAUAACACAUCAUGUUGUUUAUCAUUUACUUCAUCUUACUUCUAUUGCUUUUCAAACUCAAAAGACAUAAACAAUAUCGUUCUCCUCCAGGACCUAAAGGUCUUCCUAUUAUAGGAAACUUACACCAAUUCGACAAUUCAAAACCUUAUGUCUACUUGGCCGAGCUAGCCAAGACAUAUGGCCCGAUCUUGAGCUUGCGAUUCGGACGUGUACCAAUUAUUGUGGUUCAAUCAUCCAAGAUAGCCAAAGAGGUACUUCAUACACAAGACCUCAAUUUUUGUAGUAGACCAUCAAUGAUUGUAUUUCAAAAGCUAAGCUACGGUGGUUUGGACAUAGGUUUUGCACCAUAUGGAGAGUAUUUUAGAGAAAUAAAGAAGAUAAGUGUUGUUUAUCUCCUUAGCUCUAAGAGAGUGGACUCUUUCACCCCAAUGCUUCAAGAUGAAGUCGCCAGAUUGAUGAAAAAGAUUAAUUCUCUUUCUUCUUCCUCAAAAGUUAUUAAUUUGAGUGAAUUGCUUUUGGGUUAUUCAUCUUCUAACAUUUGUAGGAUUGCAUUCGGCAAGAGGUAUGAAGAUAAUGAAGGGUCAAGAAGCAGAUUUCACAGUCUUUUAAAUGAAGCUCAAGCCCUAUUUACAGCCUUCUUUUUUAGCGACUAUUUUCCUUAUAGUGGUUGGUUGGACAAGCUUACAGGACAAUACAGCAGACUUGAUAAAACAUUCAAAGAUUUGGACGCUUUUUUUGAAGAAAUUAUAAGUGAUCAUAUCAACCCCAACAAGUCUGAAUCUGAAUCAGAUCAUGAGGAUAUCAUUGAUGUUCUUCUUCACCUCAAGAAUCAACGCUGUUUUGAGUUUUCCAUGAACCACAUUAAAGCAAUUUCAAUGAUUAUAUUUAUUGCUGGAACAGAUACUAGCGCUGCCAUGGUUGUUUGGGCAAUGACAGAGCUAAUUAAAAAUGCAAACUCAUUGAAAAUAGUGCAAGAAGAGCUACGUAAUGCCGCACAGAAGAAGGGCGAGGGCUCCAUAGAUAAAACUGAUCUAGCAAACCUUGAAUAUUUUAAGGCUGUAGUAAAGGAAACAUUUAGGCUACACCCUGCAGUACCAUUACUAGCUGUGCAUGAAUCAAUCAAGAAAAGCAUCAUAGAAGGCUAUGACAUUCAACCCAAAACACAAGUAUAUAUUAAUGAAUGGGCCAUUGGAAGAGAUCCUAAAAUUUGGAAAGAGCCAGACAAAUUCAUGCCAGAGAGAUUUUUAGAAAGUACAAUAGAUUUUAAAGGAUAUGACUUUGAAUUAAUACCUUUUGGAGCAGGAAGAAGGAUGUGCCCUGGGUUGAAUCUUGGUGUUACUAACAUAGAACUUGCACUUGCUAAUUUAUUGAUUCAUUUUGAUUGGGAAAUUCCACCAGGUUUGAAUAGAAAAGAUAUUGACACAGAUACACUUCCAGGAAUCACUAUGCAUAAGAAAAAUCCACUUUGUCUUAUGGUAAAACCUUAUCUAUAAAUCAACUAAGUUUUUUUCGAUUUCCUCACGGGCUUUGUUAGAAAUGCAAUAACUAAAUGAAGUUUGUAAAAUAUCAUUAAGUCUUGUUUUUGAAUGUAUUAGAGUAAUAUUUAUAAUUAGAUUAGCGAUUAUAUCUCA